AUGUCAACAAUCACCUCGCGCAGAGCCGGAUUCGGAACGUCAUUUGCACGACGCCAUACAGCACGCGUACCAGACCAAAGCGUCGCGACAAUCUUGGCCCCAGCUUCUGGUAAAAACCAGGAUCGAUUGAGCUGCUUUGGCGAGCCAGUCGAGCAUGGCUCUUUGCUUGAAUCAGCCGACGUUUCUUUCAACGUCCUAUCGAACGCAUCAUCUUUGAGCAACAGUCUGCCAGCAAGCAUCAACAGCAGCCCUUCUGCGACAACGACGCCCGGGCACGUAGAUCAGCAGCAACUGCUUUCACAUCAAAUCCUGCAGCUAUCUGGCAACAUUGCAACCUGUGUGCAUCAGAAUGAACUAGUCAUUUCGUUGCUCAUGCGAUUGGUAGCUUCAAGCGAGAGUAUUGCAAGCAGACGCAAUUUAGCGGGUCACAGUAAAGCCCAGAUCGCAUCUCCAUCAUCGCCAACAGGCGCACGAUUUGCUUCAGACAACAUCGGCGUGACCAAGGCCAAUGCAUCAUCAAAGACCGACCAUAACUAUGUUUUCCGCCACACAAUGGGCGAAGUUAUGACGGUGCAGCAGACCAACUCCAACAUGCUCCACCUCGAAAACAGCCUAAACACUCUGUACCAGGCACCUGUCUUUGAAACUUGGACGGGAUCAGCCACUGAAAUGCAACACAUUGGCGGAACAGAAGGCUUGCUCUCCAAGUCUCAUAACCGCCGCGAGACAGCGCUCACCGCUACACCUGACAGCUCACUGCACGAAAUUGAACACAGCGGCUCUUCCGGUCGAGGCGCAUUCGACAAUUUGCCAAUCACUUCGGCUGCAAUCACUGCCGAUCAGCAGACAAACCAUGCACCGCUCAUAUGCUACACCUCCAUGAGCGGUACGCCUGCUUCGCUCUACAUGACCGAAAACGGCCAACAACGGCUUACGUCGAGACGAACCAGCCUCUGUAUCUCUAAGAUGACACAAAGAGACGGCAGCGACAUCACCACUUUCACCUCAAUUGACUCGAUGCAAUGCCUUUUAAACGACCAACUGCCACCACAGAAGCGCAAAAGGGUCGAGAUCGAAGAAAUAGAUGACUCGAGUAAGGAGAGCCGAUCUACGGCUCCCGAAACCGACAAGAGCGAUUGGGACAUUGUUGGUCAUUGGCAGGACUGGCAGGUGCCACGCCAACAACCAUUGUCGGUCUCGGAAAGCCUGCCAAGGGCCAAGCACCGCACUCUACGCGAGGUACGCGCUGAGAUCAAAGCUAGCUCCAACAGACCGUCGGGCUCAAUCGGCCGCAUACCGCUCAAGCAGUACCUCGAGGUGAGCGGACCAGAUGAGUGCCGAGCCGUUCGACGACUUGGACGAAAGCUUUACAUGGCCUGGCUCGAACCAAACACACGAUUUCGGAAGCAGGAGAAUGCACGUCUUAUGGCAUGCGUCAACCGUAUCGAACACGAUUUUCCAGUGCUAGCUGAUUGCGAAGGCCAUUGGAAGGCACGUCAACUCAUGUUGCAAAUCAUUGACAAUUCCAUCGACGAGCACAAGUCAAGUGAGAGAAGGAACACAAAAAUGCCUAAAGCGAGCGCAAAUGACGUUCCUUCUCGCAGGCGCGGCCGACCCAAAGGUACGACCGCCGCUGUUAUGGCACAAACACGCCAGGAGCACACACUGGCUGACUCUGGUGAGCCAGGGAACGAGAGCAUUGAGACUGACUCUGACAACGACAGCGACUCGAGCGAUAGCGAGACGGACGUUUAA